CUCAGCUGAGCAUGGCAACCCUCGGGCUGCUGCUGCUGGCUUCCUGGGCUCUCCUUGGGACUCUGCAGCUGCAAGCCGAUGCGAGGCCAGCGCCCUACGUGGUGAAGCUGUGCGGGCGCGAGUUCAUCCGAGCGGUCAUCUUCACCUGCGGGGGCUCGCGAUGGCGCCGGGCGGACGUCUUGGCCCAUGACUCUCUGGGGAACUUCUUCCCUGAUGUAGAAGCCAAUACGGACAACCUGGCCAGCGAACUGGACGAAGCUGUGGGCUCCAGCGAGUGGCUGGGCCUGACCAAAUCCCCCCAGGCCUUCUAUGGUAGUCGACCCAGCUGGCAAGGGUCGCCUGGAGCAGUUCGGGGCAGCAGAGAUGUCCUGGCUGGCCUUUCCAGCAGCUGCUGCGAGUGGGGCUGUAGUAGGAGUCAAAUCAGCAGCUUGUGCUAG